GGGGAAGAAAGAAACAUAAAAAAAUUGAUGCUUCACAUAAUGUUGAUUAAAGAAACUUUCAGUUUUAUAUUUUUACCUUAGAAUUACGUUGUAAAGUUUUCUUACUAUGGGUCACAGUCAGAUGAAAGGUACACUUCUAGUGGCUAAUCCCCAUCUUUGAGAGACUAGGUGAGAGGAUGAACAAUCAGAAGUAGUUAUAUUAAAUUGUGUUCUUUGUUUUUGAACUUUUUAGAAUCUGAAUAUAACAGUUCGAAUACGGUUAAUAGCAGCAAAAAAUAUAUAUAGUUCUAAAAUCAGUUUAAAAUAUGUUUUUAUUAAUUUUAGAGAGAGAGGGAUAGAGAAAUGGAAACAUCAGUGAGAGAUACUUCUGUAUACCCCCUGCUGUGGAUGGAGCCUGCAACCCUGGGCAUGUGCCUUGACCAAGGGGGAAGGAGAUCGGAUUGGAAAUGGGGACCUGUUGGUUUAUGGGUCGACGCUUAACCAUUGAGCCACAACCUGGGCUAGAAUCAGUUUAAUUGAGGCAAACUCAGUAUGCAGAAAUGUGGUUUUAUAAAACUGAUAGGUUAGGAUAUGUUACUUACUUUGUAAAGGAUUUAAAAAAAUGUUUUUUUUCCAAAAUAAUUUACCAUAUUGUGUUUUUAGCUUUUCUGAUGAAGUUAUCUAUUUCUUGACUGAUUCUCCCCUCGUUAGCUAUUGAAAAUGUAUCUGGUCUUUAAGGCAUGGCUCAAGCACACUUUUUUUUUCUCUCCUCAGGAGGCUGUGCCUGAUUAUUUCAGUCUUGCACACAUACCAUUGCACUAUGGUGCUUCUAAAGUGGAGGAGACUGAGCACUUACACCUAAGGGAUCUGGGGGUGUAGCCAAAACUUGGAGUUUAUGUAACUUAAAAGUUUAUAUGAUAAUUUCACAACCGUUAUAAUAAGAAUUGAUUCAGAUAGGAAUCAUUGAUAGAUGCUAAAUCUAGGGGAUAUUUUGAUGAGCAGGAUUUUUGUAUGGUCUUAAAUAUCUAUAUAUUGCUUAUUAGUUGCAAGGGGAAAAAUAUCAUAACACUAUACAGUCGUGAAAUAACACCUUGAGUGCAUGAUCAAAAUAAAUAGCACUAGUGGACAUUGUGUGCCUUUGAAUGUGAUGCCCUGAGAACACAUCACUUAUGCAGUUCUCUAGUAAGUAAUGCAUAACCUGAAUCUGAUCAUGAGGAAACGCUGAAUUCUUUUUAAAAAGUAUUAAUGUUAUAGAGACAAAGGAAGACUAUGGAAAUGUUCCAGAUUAAAGGAGAUUAAAGAGACAUGGCAACUGCAAUACCUGAUUCUAGACUGGAUCUUGUAUUAGAGGGCAUAAUGCUAUAAAGGAUGAUUGCAUAAUUGGAUCACUUGGCAAAAUGAGAAAGUGGAUGGUAGAUUGGGUAAAUAAAAGUAUUGCAUCAAUAUUAAAUUUAUUGAAGUUGAUAACUAUCCUAUUUUAUUCUUAGGCACUACACACUGGAGUUUUCAGGGGAAAAGGGCCAUGGUAUAUGUAAUUUACUCUCAACUUGUUCCCCCCCAAAAUUGUGUAAUAUGUAUAUGUGUUUUACUAGUAUAUAUGUACAUAUAAAUGCAUGUAUGUAUACAUAGCCGUAUAGAGAGGGACAUAGAGAGGGAGGAAGUGAUGACAGAGGAUGGGAGGAUACUCAAGUACAAAUAAAGCAAGUGAGUAAAAUGUUAACAAUAGGUAUAAAAACUAUGGAUAUUCUUGUUCUUAACACUUUUUCUGUAAGCUUGAAAUUACUUUCAACUGAAAUUUUUUUAAAAAUCAAACUUUACAUAUUACUCCAUAAUAUAGUAUUUUAAAAACAUGGAAAUAGAAAUAUCUCCUGUCCCAAAAAAUUCCAGGCAAACUCUUGGGAUAAACUGUGGCUCCCAAGAAUAUGUUCCAUGUAUAUCAUGUGGUUUCCUUUUAUCCCUAGGCCUCAGUUUGGGAAACAUGCCUCGGGGCCAGAGGCAGCUGUGGUUCAAAUUUAGCCGACAGACAUGUUUUGUUUGGCCCUUUUGAGUGUUUGAAAGAUUGGGAAAUUUCACAUAAAAAUCUGGAUCUUUGGUUUCUCUUGAAAAAUGGAAUGAUCUUGCCACUCUGGGCUUGCGUUCCAUAGAUGAUGUGUAUACUCACUAAGUGGUGUGACAGGUAAGCAGCUCCCGUCCCUACCUUACACAUCGUUUGUUUCACAUGUGUUUGCAGCCUCUACCUAGCCCAAGAGCUAGGGGUGUCUGUCUUUUUCAUACUUUUAACAAUUUCAGAAUUAAAUUGCAGAACUGACGCCCUGUCACCUGCUAACCUUUUAGUGUGUGCAUCCUAUAAACAAGGAAAUUCUCCUAGAUAACCAUACUAUAACCAAGCAAAACAGGAAAUUAAUGUUGAUACAUUACUAUAAUCCUCAGCCUAUGCAAGUUUUGCUAAUUGUCUUAAUAAUAUCUUUUAUGGCAAAAGGAUCCAGUUUAGAAUCAAAUGUUGCAUUUAGUUGUCCUGUUGCCUUAGUCUGCUUCAGUCUGGAGCAGUUUCUUAGUCUUUCCUUGAGUUUUGUGACCUUGACACUUUGUAAGAUUAUAGGCCAAGUUGUUCUGCAAAAUGGCCCUAAAUUUGAUGUUUCCUCCUGAUUAGAUGCAAAUUAUGUAUCUUUGGCACCAAUGCCACAGAAGUGAAGCUGUGUUUUGUUUCAUUGUAUCCUGUCAGAUGGCACGCAGUUUUCACUGUCCCAUUAACUAGUGAUGUCCAUUUGGAUCAUUGGAUUAAGAUGAUAGUAUAUCUGCUGCAAGUACUUCUGAUGUUCAAGAUCGCCUCUCAGCUCUUGAAUUACGAGUUCAACAACAAGAAGAUGAAAUCACUGUGCUAAAGGCAGCUUUGGCUGAUGUUUUGAGGCGUCUUGCAAGCUCUGAAGAUCAUGUAGCCUCAGUCAAGAAAUCAGUCCCAAGUAAAGGUCAAACAGGCAUUCGAGAAGCUAUUUCCAUGUCCUGUAUAACCAAUGGGAGUGGCACAAACAGAAAACCGAGUCAUACCAGCUCUGUCUCAGUUGCCAGAAAAGACACUUUUUCAUCUGCUGCUAAAAGUGGUACAGAAAAAAAGAAAGAAAAACCACAAGGACAGAGAGAAAAAAAAGAGGAAUCUCAUUCUAAUGAUCAAAGUCCACAAAUUCGAGCAUCACCUUCUCCCCAGCCCUCUUCACAGCCUCUCCAAAUACACAGACAAACUCAAGAAAGCAAGAAUUCUACUCCCACCAAAAGCAUAAAACGACCAUCAACAGCUGAGAAGUCACAUAAUUCCUGGGAAAAUUCAGAUGAUAGUCGUAAUAAAUUAUUGAAGGCAGUUUCAACAUCAAAAUUAAUAUCAAAAGUUAUAAAAAAUACAGACAAGCAUAAAGAUGUCAUCAUCAAUCAAGCAAAAAUGUCAACCCGUGAAAAAAACAGCCAAGAAGGAGACUAUAUUAAAAUGUUUAUGCGAGGUCGGCCAAUUACAAUGUUUAUUCCUUCUGAUGUUGACAACUAUGAUGACAUCAGAGCAGAACUGCCCCCUGAGAAGCUCAGACUGGAGUGGGUAUAUGGUUAUAGAGGAAAGGACUGUCGAGCUAAUGUUUACCUUCUUCCUACCGGGGAAAUAGUUUAUUUCAUAGCAUCAGUAGUAGUACUAUUUAAUUAUGAGGAAAGAACUCAACGGCACUACCUGGGUCAUACAGACUGUGUAAAAUGCCUUGCUGUACAUCCUGACAAAAUUAGGAUUGCAACUGGACAGAUAGCUGGAGUGGAUAAAGAUGGAAGGCCUCUGCAACCCCAUGUCAGAGUAUGGGAUUCAGUUAGUCUAUCCACACUGCAGAUUAUUGGACUUGGAACUUUUGAGCGUGGAGUAGGGUGCCUGGAUUUUUCAAAAGCUGAUUCAGGUGUUCACUUAUGUGUUAUUGAUGACUCCAAUGAGCAUAUGCUUACUGUGUGGGAUUGGCAGAAAAAGUCAAAAGGAGCAGAAAUAAAGACAACAAAUGAAGUUGUUUUGGCUGUGGAGUUCCAUCCAACAGAUGCAAAUACCAUAAUAACAUGUGGUAAAUCUCAUAUUUUUUUCUGGACCUGGAGUGGCAAUUCACUAACAAGAAAACAGGGAAUUUUUGGGAAAUAUGAAAAACCAAAAUUUGUGCAGUGUUUAGCAUUUUUGGGGAAUGGAGAUGUUCUUACUGGAGACUCAGGUGGAGUUAUACUUAUAUGGAGCAAAACUACUGUAGAACCCACACCUGGGAAAGGGCCGAAAGGUGUUUAUCAGAUCAGCAAGCAAAUCAAAGCUCAUGAUGGCAGUGUAUUUACACUUUGUCAGAUGAGAAAUGGGAUGUUAUUAACCGGAGGAGGAAAAGACAGAAAAAUAAUUCUGUGGGAUCAUGAUUUGAAUCCCGAAAGAGAAAUUGAGGUUCCUGAUCAGUAUGGAACAAUCAGAGCUGUUGCAGAAGGAAAGGCAGAUCAAUUUUUAGUAGGCACAUCACGAAAUUUUAUUUUACGGGGAACAUUUAAUGAUGGCUUCCAAAUAGAAGUCCAGGGUCAUACAGAUGAACUUUGGGGUCUUGCCACACAUCCCUUCAAAGAUUUGCUCUUGACGUGUGCUCAGGACAGACAGGUGUGCAUGUGGAACUCAAUGGAACACAGGCUGGAAUGGACCAGACUCGUAGAUGAACCAGGACACUGUGCAGAUUUUCAUCCAAGUGGCACAGUGGUGGCCAUAGGAACGCACUCAGGCAGGUGGUUUGUUCUGGAUGCAGAAACCAGAGAUCUAGUUUCUAUCCAUACAGAUGGGAAUGAACAGCUCUCUGUGAUGCGCUACUCAGUAGAUGGCACCCGCCUGGCUGUAGGAUCUCAUGACAACUUUAUUUACCUCUAUAUAGUCUCAGAAAAUGGAAGGAAAUAUAGCAGACAUGGAAAGUGCACUGGACAUUCCAGCUAUAUCACACACCUUGACUGGUCCCCAGACAACGAGUAUAUAAUGUCUAACUCGGGAGACUAUGAAAUAUUGUACUGGAACAUUACAGACAGCUGCAAACUAAUCAGGAAUCGAUCAGAGUGCAAAGACAUCGAUUGGACGACAUAUACCUGUGUACUAGGCUUUCAAGUCUUUGGUGUCUGGCCAGAAGGAUCUGAUGGGACAGAUAUCAAUGCACUGGUGCGAUCCCACAAUAGGAAGGUGAUAGCUGUUGCUGAUGACUUUUGCAAAGUCCAUCUGUUUCAAUAUCCCUGCUCCAAAGCAAAGGCUCCCAGUCACAAGUACAGUGCCCACAGCAGCCAUGUCACCAAUGUCAGUUUCACUCAUAAUGACAGUCACCUGAUUUCAACUGGUGGAAAAGAUAUGAGCAUCAUUCAGUGGAAACUUGUGGAAAAGUUGUCUUUGCCUCAAAAUGAGAUUGUAGUGGAUACUACUUUAACCAAAGCCCCCAUCUCUUCCAUUGAAAGUGUCAUGCAAUCUGGCACUCCCACACCACCUCCUUCCCAGCCCUUAAGUGAGACAGCUGAAGCAGCAAGUAGAAUAAGCAAUUCUCCCACACUUCUGGAGAACAACCUGGAACAGACUGUGGAGCCCAGCGAAGACCACAGUGAGGAGCAGAGCGAAGGGGGCAGUGAAGACCUCAGUGAGCCUGUUGAUGAAGAGCCAUCCAAUGAGAUGAGCCAGGAGCAGAGUGAAGCCCCUCCUACUGAGGACCAGCAAGACCCUGCACCUCUAUCCUAACACCAGGGCUUGAGUGUAUGUGAUAUUGAGCUAGAGUUCAGAUAACAGGACAGGAAGUGAUGGAGGAUCGCUACUGACCAAGAUUUUGGUUUCCAUGUGAUCAGUGUUCUUCAGUAGAAUUAUCUUCAAUCAAAUGGAACCAACCUAAAGGUUCGUUUUGGUGUGCGUUGAAGAUGAACCAAACUUAAUAGUAGGAAAGAGUGAAACUAUGUCUCAGAAAUUAUGUGUGUGUAAGUGGUGUGAUGUCAAUACUGGAAGCAAAAUAGCAGUUGUAUUGAUUUAAGACAAACCCCUUGUUAUCUGAACAUGUUUUCUUCAGGAACAACCAGAGGCAUCACAAAUACUGUUACUCAUCUACUGGCUCAGACUGCUACUUUUCUCCUGAUGCAGAAAAAGAAAUCAAAAAAGAAAAAAGGAAAAAAAAGCUCCUUAACUGAGAUAUCCUCCUACCCCAAAUGUGUAGUGGAAAUUUGUCAGUUAAGAAAAACUCAGUAUUGCCACUGGCAGUGGAGUUGCCUUCUUGAAUAAUAAUGCCAUUUCCUACACUACGGUAGAUAUCCAGGUCUGCUUGUUAGUCUACUGUAUAGGUGCUGCCUUUCCUAAGUCAUAAUGAGGAGCAGUCUGUUAGUUUCUUGUGUGCGAGUCUAUUUUAUCUUAGAACUAAGAAAGCAGUGGUUUGUUACAGAGCUCUUAAUGUAUAUUAAACCAUUGAUACGCAGAAAUAAUGGAUUCCUCCAAGGAUUCCUUUACUGGCCUGAACAUUUUUAAAUGUUAGGCAUAUGUGGGGAUGGAAGGAAAAAGAAACCGUAUGCCUAUAAAACUAAAUUGUAAUUACUGGGCUAAUUUUAACUUAGACUUCAACAUAAUUUGUUCCCUCAACAGCAGAAAUAUAAAUACAGUAAGUUUAAAUGAUUGAAUUGGUGCUUGAAGUUUAUUGGCUUAGCUGUAAUUUUUACACAGAUUAAUGAUAUUGAGGGAUAAGAUACUCAGCAAAUUGCAAAUUCUUUUUUACAGAAGUGUGAAUAAACAGUCAUAAUUCUUUUUAUAAAUUGCAUACUUAACAGACUUGCUAUAUAUGGUCAUUUUUCUCUGGUGGAAGUUGCUAUAAGCCUUGCAAUUAUAAUGUGGUUAUCUUCUGCUAGUUUAGGCAAUGCAUGUAUUAUUAUGCAUUGGAUAGUAGUUUUUGUUUUUAAGUUUUGUCAGAUGACUUUGUUUUUAAGUAUGUGUUUCCCUACUUUAAAAAUAAUUACUGACAAAUACUCAUUUCCUAUGUUUGUUUAUACUUGGAUUAUAAAAAAAACUUUUAUUUUUUAGCUUGCUGCAAGUUUUGAUAUUUUUUUUUUUUGUUAGAAUAUGUUUAGAAACUUUGGAUGAGUUCAGAAGUCUUAAGUAUGCAAGUGUUUACGUGAUUGUGCCAUUCCAAAGUGCAUCAGAACUGUCAUUCCCUUCUAGUAUCUUCUCAGGAGUAAUACAGAUCAGGUAUUUCAUCAUCAUUUGGUAAUGUACAAACUCCAGUGAACUCCCAAGGACACUCACAACAUGUAUAUUCACGUGCUGUAUGUAAGGGUGUGGGUAUGUGUGAAGGGGUAAGUCUAGACACUUACUCUGUGUUUGUGUGUAUCUCUAUAUAAGCAGAUAUACACCACAUUGAAAAUAUUCAAUGUAUAUCUCUAGGUGUAUAGAUAUAUGUUCGUGUGUAUCUCUUUCCUUUUGUUUACAACUGUUCAAAAAAAACCUCAAAGUAGCUCUCUUCAACAGAAGAGAGGUAGUUUCCAAGCAACCCAUUUUUUUUUUUAGUGUGUUCUGUACAUAAUUAUCAGAGAGCAUCAGUAUCAGGCAUAUGUAAGGCAUAUAUACUUGCCUAUUAGCAGUGGUGACUAAAUUAUCAGGUCAACAUGUGCUUUUCCCUACAAGAAAAAUACUAUGAGAUGAACAAGUAGAAAAGCAUUUCUUCAAGCUCUCAGUGAUAACCAGGGAGUUUAUGUGGGCACAUCAGUCACCUUUGGGGUUGCUGUGUACAAUGAAAUUUAUAAUCGUGAUACUCUUGGGUGGUAGUUUUAAGACACUACUAAUACGCAGAAAGCGUUCCAGCUCUUGCUGGCAACUACUGUUUAACAGUCAAUCAAAUCUGUGAUAAUGGUUGGAAGUGGGUGGGAUUAUGAAAUUGUAGUUUUUAGAAAAACUUGUGAAUGAAAAUGAAUCCAAGUGUUUCAUGUGAAGAUGUUGAGCCAUUUCUAUCAUGCAUUCCUGUCUCAUGGCAGAAAAUUUUGAAGAUUAAAAAAUAAAAUAAUCAAAA